AUGGCGAGCGAGGAAGAAGCCUCACAGUCCAGGCGGCUAACAAAGCCGCCUCGUUUUCUCGUUCUCCUGCUGCUGCUUUCACCGCUGUGGAUCCUACUAGCGUUGCUUGAUAAGUUUUUGAUAGGUAUCUUUUCUUUUAGAACAUUUACAGAUGCACAGACUGUCUCUAAAGAUUUACGUGUUCAUUUUGAGAAGACCCAAGAUGAAGGCAAAGAGCCAACAGAAUCUUUAUGGACUUCCUUUGCUGAUGGCAGAAUCAGACUGAGAAUAGAUAAUUCAUGUCCGCAGACUCCAAUAACAGUUCAUCAGAUGUUCAAAGAGAGCCUAGAAAAAUACGGGUCUCUUAAUGCUUUGGCCAGCAAAAAGAAUGGAAAGUGGGAGAAGAUCACGUUUUCAGAGUAUUAUUGCCAGUCCCGGAAAGCAGCCAAAAGUUUCAUAAAGCUUGGUCUUGAACGAUUCCACAGUGUAGGAAUCCUUGGAUUUAAUUCUCCAGAAUGGUUCAUUUCAGCUGUUGGAACUGUUUUUGCUGGAGGAAUUGUCACAGGAAUAUAUACAACCAACUCUCCAGAGGCCUGCCACUACAUUGCUCAUGACAGCAAAACCAAUAUCAUGGUUGUGGAAAAUCAGAAACAAUUGGACAAGAUAAUGCAGAUCUGGAAUCGUCUGCCACAUUUGAAAGCUGUUGUGCUAUAUAAGGACUCCAUGCCAGAGAGACAUCCCAAUUUGUAUACGAUGGAAGAAUUUCUGGAGUUGGGAAAUGACAUAACUGAUGCUACUUUGGAUGAUAUCAUUAACUCCCAAAAGCCAAAUCAGUGCUGUGUGCUAAUAUACACAUCUGGAACAACUGGGAAGCCAAAAGGAGCCAUGCUGAGUCAUGAUAAUAUAACUUGGACAUCAGCACAUUGCAGCAGAGCAGGAGGUAUGCAACCUGCAGAGGUCCAACAGGAGUCUAUAGUCAGUUAUCUCCCACUCAGCCAUAUAGCUGCACAGAUAUAUGACCUGUGGACAGGAAUCAAGUGGGGAGAGCAAGUUUACUUUGCUGAGCCGGAUGCUUUAAAGGGCAGCUUGAUCAGCACACUAAAAGAAGUGCAGCCAACGUCUCAUAUGGGAGUUCCCCGAGUAUGGGAGAAAAUCAUGGAGAAAUUAAAGGAUACUUCUGCUCAGUUGGGAUUUAUGAAGAAGAAAAUGCUUUCAUGGGCUAUGUCAGUAAGCUUAGAGAGAAACUUAAACUGCUCAAGCAGUGAUUUAAAGCUGUUUUGGACAAGGUUAGCAGACUACUUGGUGCUUGCAAAAAUCCGCAAUGCGCUGGGUUUUUCUUGCUGUCAGAAGCACUUUUGUGGUGCUGCUCCUCUCAAUGCAGAAACACUGAAUUUCUUCUUGGGUCUGAACAUCACCUUGUAUGAGGCCUAUGGGAUGAGUGAGACCACAGGCCCACACUGCCUAUCUGGGCCAUAUAUUUAUAGGCAGCACAGCUGUGGUAAACCAGUACCUGGUUGUAAAGUAAAAUUGGUGAAUGAAGAUACAGAAGGCAAUGGAGAAAUCUGUUUCUGGGGAAGGACUGUUUUCAUGGGUUAUUUAAAUAUGGAAGAUAAAACAAAAGAAGCCUUUGAUGAAGAUGGAUGGCUGCAUUCUGGAGAUUUAGGAAAACUAGACAAAGAUGGCUUCCUCUAUGUCACUGGAAGAAUUAAAGAUUUAAUUAUUACAGCGGGAGGUGAAAACGUGCCUCCAAUUCCAAUUGAAGAUGCUGUCAAAAAAGAACUUCCAAUUGUUAGUAAUGCCAUGGUGAUUGGAGAUAAAAAGAAGUUUUUGUCAAUGUUGCUGACCCUAAAGAGUGUCCUGGAUCCAGAUACGUCUGAUCCUACUGACAUCCUUACUGAGCAAGCUAGAGACUUCUGCCAGAAGACUGGCAGCAAAGCCACUACGGUGUCAGAGAUUGUAGCUACGAGAGACCGGGCUAUCUACCAGGCCAUUCAGGAAGGAAUCGACAAAGUCAACAUGAAUGCAACUAAUAAAGUUCAUUGUAUUCAAAAAUGGAUAGUCCUGCCAAGAGAUUUUUCCAUUUCUGGAGGAGAACUAGGUCCAACAAUGAAGUUAAAACGGCUCACUGUGCUUGAGAAAUACAAAGAUGAAGUAGACUCCUUCUAUGAAGAGUAAGAAGCAUUUCUUCCAAGCAUUAAAUAGAUCUAUGAGCUAAAGAAAGUAUUUUCUAAUCAGUAGCAUUAAGGAAGAUUUGUGCUGUUUUGCAGUCUAUUGAACUGAUGCACUUGAGAACUGCUGUUAAUUUUGUUAUUCCCCUGAUAUUCCCCCGAUUGAUAGUUUAUACUCUGCUACAGAAGUAUCUAUUCAGACUAUUUUCUAAUACUGAUUUUCCUUUAGGUCCUAAAUGGAGAAAGUUAAACAUCUUAAUUAGUUGUGUUAAGUGGGUAUAACUAAUUCAUUCAUCUGGACUGAAAUAGAAGGAAAAUGAUUACACUAAUUGUUGUUGUUGUUGCUCUGCAAAAGGCUGCCUGUACUCAUGUUGUAUUUUGGUAGAUCAGUAGUUAACAGCACUGUUCACUAAAAAUGCUAUUGCACAGUGAUAAAGCUGAUUAUUAAAAGAUCUGCAGGCCUAUUUCCCCCUCCCCGAAGUGUAUAUUUUUGUUCUCUUAACAUAAAAUUUAAGAGCCUA